AUGUCAAAACUAAAAAUGAUAGAAAAUGAAAAGAUCUUUUUAUGUAGCCUUCAUAAAUAGCCUGUAAUGAUGGUUAAUCUGGAUUCUUAGUUAGAGUUAAAUUAAAGACUCUUGUGUAAUCAAUGUAUUGAUUACAUGGAACCGUAUUCAAAUGUAGUUGGAUUUAAGAGAGUUGUUCAAAUGAUGGAGGGAAAUUGAAAGAAUUUUUAGGAGUUCUUGGACAACAAGAUUGAUGUAGAUCUCAGACACGUUGAAUCAUUAUAUACACAUAUAAUUGCUUUGAAGUCAUAACUUAUUUAAUUAUUGGAUCAAUUAAUAGGAAAUACAAAGGAUUGGAUUUAGAAUUUAUAAUCCACACAUUAAAGCCAAAAAGAGUAUAGCUUCUUUAAGGAGUUAGACUCAAUAAUAUUGAAAUAAGAAUUAAUACAGAAUGAAAAGAUGAAUUUAACUAAUUAGAUUAAAAAUAUAAACAAUCCUUGGGGCAAUAAAUUUAAGUAUUAUUUAGGAUCAUUUCAAUAAUACCCACAAUAUCAAAAGUGUUAAGAAAUUUUGAAUUAAAUAAAUGAAUCAGACGAACUUAUUUAAAUAAAUUAAUCAGGCCCAGCUCAAUUAGUACUCAUUGAUGAUUCAACGGAAUAACAAGAGAAGUGCAAAGCUAUCGCGUUUGACCCAACAGGAAAGAUAAUGAUUUCAACUAGUAAUAAUGACAUCAAAAUGUGGAAUUUUGAAAAAGGAAAAAUCACAUUAACUGAUACUCUAUGCGGCGGAUAUAGCAAAGUACAGAACUGCUUCCUAUCUUGA